CCUCGAGGAACGUCCUGUGGGUGCUCGACGGGUCCCCCUGCGACCUGCCCUGGCAGGCUGCCCUCUUCAAAGGGGACAAGUUCAUCUGCGGGGGGACGCUGGUGGCCAGGAACUGGGUGCUGACGGCCGCCCACUGCCACGUCCCGGGCUACAUCAACGUGCGGCUGGGGGGCCGGGGCAACAAGGAUCCGGGUGUCUCGGAGCAGCGGCGUCUCUCGGCCAAGGUCAUCAGCUACCCGCGCUAUGACCCGGCCACCAAGGACGGCGACCUGAUGCUUGUCAAGCUCCUCCAACCCGUCCACAUCAACGAGAGGGUGAAGCCGCUGCCGCUGGCCUCCCACUGCCCCGUGCCUGGCAAGACGUGCCAGAUCUCAGGAUGGGGGUCCACCACCAGCCCUGAAGUCACCUUCCCCGAGGACCUCCACUGCGCCAAGGUCACCAUCGUCUCGGAGGAGCAGUGCCGGCGCAUCUACCCCGGCUCCAUCACCCCCAACAUGGUGUGCGCAGGCGAACCCCGCAACCGUGCCGACUCCUGCCAGGGUGACUCCGGGGGACCCCUCGUGUGCGAUGGACGGCUCCAGGGCAUUGUCUCCUGGGGCCCGGGAGUCUGCGGGGACCCCCAAAAACCCGGUGUCUACGUCAACCUCUGCAAAUACACCCGGUGGAUCCAGGAAACGAUGAGAAGGAACUGAGCCCCCAGCCCAUCCCCAGCUCCAAUGGCCGCAGGACGGGCCCCGCAGCACCUCCUCCUCCUCCUCCUCCCCGAUGAAGGUCCCCGGAGCCGGCCGGUCCGAGCACCGGGACACGCGCCCCGGGGUGGGCAGGGGCCAUCCGCGGGGCCCUGUGGAGAUGUCGAUGAAUAAAGUUUUACGACGUGGCUUUG